AUAAAAAUGCGUGAGAGGGAAGCAAAGAAAGAAGACAAGACAGAAGAGAUGGAGAAUGGUAAUGGAGAAGGAAAGGGAGAGUUCAUAAACCAAAACAAUAAUGACUAUUUCCUCGACUCCAUGUCAAUGCUCUCUUCUCUUCCUCCUUGUUGGGACUCUUCUCUUCCCCCUCCUCAUCCUCCACCACCACAAUCUCUCCUCCACGCUCUCACCGUCGACACCUCUUUCCCCGACCAGUUCCAUCACCCUCAGGAGUCAGGUGGUCCAAGCCAAGAUGGCUUGCAGGCACAAGGGACAGUCUCUACCACGAGCGCACCUGUGGCUCGUCAGAAGCCAAGGGUCCGAGCUAGGAGAGGCCAAGCCACUGAUCCUCACAGUAUCGCCGAGCGGUUGAGAAGAGAACGUAUUGCUGAGAGAAUGAAAUCUCUUCAAGAACUAGUUCCCAACACCAACAAGACAGAUAAAGCAUCAAUGCUGGACGAGAUCAUAGAGUAUGUUAGGUUCCUUCAGCUUCAAGUCAAAGUACUAAGCGUGAGCAGAUUGGGUGGUGCGAGGGCCGCUGGUGGCCCAGGCUUCAAUGGUCUCACCUCCGAGGCAGGAGGACGUCUCAACGCCCUAUCUGGACCUAGCAAUGGCGUAAACGGGAAGGGAAACGGAACAGGAUCAUCCAGUGAGAGCCUAAGGUCAACAGAACAGAGAGUUGCAAAACUGAUGGAAGAAGACAUGGGAUCUGCAAUGCAGUACCUUCAAGGAAAGGGGCUUUGUUUAAUGCCCAUCUCCCUCGCAACUGCAAUAUCAUCUACCUCUAAUCAUUCUCGUGGGGCUCUCUUUAACCCCAGCUCAAAUGUAGUUGCGGCUGAGGAGGCAAAUGUAGCCGUCGCAUCAGCAUCAGCUGCAGCUGCACCUGAAGCCUCCACUAGUAUGGAGGAUGAUGUAUCUGCCUCCAAGGCAUGA